UCACGCCACUGCACUUCAGCCUGGGUGACAGAGUGAGACUCCAUCUCAAAGAAAAAAAAAAAAAUCUUUCAGACAUAGAGAGUCAAAGGAUUCAUGAUAAUAAGGAAGGCGGGAAGUCAAGAACAAUUUCCAGGUUUCUGGCUGGGGUUUCUUGUAUGGGUGAUUCUGACCCCAUCUGAGGUGUAAAUUCAGAAGGAAGUGCCAACUUACUGGGGUUGUGGUGGCAGCACACGGUGAAGACAUUAUAUUUUGUGCACGGAAGUUACUUGUUGAAGGUCACACAAAGAAGACUCACAGAAAUACCUAGAGGUUGGACCAGAAUUGCUGUUGGGUGGAGGUCAGUAGACUCCAGGAAGACACAUCCUGGCAGAGAACAGUUGAGCAGCAGAUCCCUGCCAGUGAGUCCCUGUGGUUGUUAGAGCAGGUUGAGGUGGGCAGAGGGUGAGCCUGCCAGAGGCUGCAGCUGCCCAGGAGGGGUGGUUGGGCCUGAGAACGACACGCAGCAUCCCUGAGUGGUGAAGCUUGUGCCAACCACAUAGCUUAGUGAUGCAAAGGGAGAGUAGCUGGCCAGUGGGAAGGCUGAUCUCCCUGCUUUCCCAAAUGUUCUUGGAGACAGUGAAGCUUUCGGAGAAGCUGGAAAGGAUGAGACUUGAAUAGGAGAGGGAAAGGAAAAUUCUGGCUUUCCAGGAAGACCCCGCAGCCUGGGCAGCAUGGAGCAUCCGUGGCUGGAGGUGCUCAAGCAGAGGCUGCACAGCCCCUUGUUAGGGGGUGUGUGAGGGGAAUCCGGUGGGGCUGAAUGAGACAGAAGCCGUGGCUGAUCUUUGGGGUGGCUUGAGCUGUGAGGAUGAAGGCGAUGGGUGGGUAGCGGAACAGGGCUGAGGUUAGGCGCAGGGGAGCCAAGACCUCAGGGGAGUGGUGUGGGAACUGCUGGUGGAUCUGCCCCGAGUUUGCCGAGAGGGAGCAGCUUAUCUAAGAGUGGAGUUGGCUUUAGAGAAUUUGCUUAUAGAGAUUUUUUUUCUUUCAGCCUGUCUUAUGUUACCUCUUAUUUGUGUGAAAAAUGGCAUGAGGUUUCCCUGCUGUGGGAGAAGUUGGAUACUCUGUAGUUUACUUUCUCAAUGUUUUUUCUGAGAUGUUUCCCUUGUUGUUAAUAUUUUGUGCUCUCACAAGCACCCUCCCCAAGCCCUUAUACUGCCCUCUGCCCCUCACUUAGGGCCUGAGCCAUGGAAUUGGCCCUAGGGCAGCAGGAACCUGUUGUUUCAGAAGUUGGUGACCUUUGAGGACGUGGCUGUGUACUUCACCCAGGCGGAAUGGGAUGGUCUGUCCCCUGCACAGAGGACCCUGUACAGGGAUGUGAUGCUGGAGAACUAUGGGAAUGUGGCCUCCCUGGGAUUUCCACUUCUCAAACCUGCUGUGAUCUCACAACUGGAGGGAGGAGAUGAGCUGGGGGGCCCAUCUCCACUGGCUGCAGGAACAGGCCUCUGGGGCCUCCGGACUGGUAAGGAAGUAGAUAUUCAGACUGACAAUGAUUUGACAAAGGAAAUGUAUGAAGGAAAAGAGAAGGUAUCAUUUGAACUUCAAAGGGACUUUUCCCAGGAAACAGACUUUUCAGAAGCCUCUCUUCUAGAGAAACAACAGGAAGUCUACUCAACAGGAAAUACAAAGAAGGAGAAGAGCGACAGCAUUGAUGGAACAGUGAAAGAUGAGACAAGCCCCAUGGAGGAGUGUUUUUUUAGUCAAAGUUCUAACUCAUAUCAGUGUCAUACCAUCAGGGGAGAGCAGCCCUCUGGGUGUACAGGAUUGGGGAAAGCCAUCAGCUUUGAUACAAAACUCGUUAAGCAUGAAAUAAUUAAUUCUGAGGAAAGACCUUUCAAAUGUGAAGAAUUAGUGGAGCCCUUUAGGUGUGACUCUCAACUUAAUCAACAUCAAGAAAACAAUACUGAGGAAAAGGCUUAUCAGUGUUCGGAGUGUGGCAAAGCUUUCAGCAUUAACGAGAAAUUAAUUUGGCAUCGAAGACUUCACAGUGGGGAGAAACCCUUCAAAUGUGUGGAGUGUGGGAAAAGCUUCAGCUACAGUUCCCAUUAUAUCACACAUCAGACAAUCCACAGUGGGGAGAAGCCCUAUCAGUGUAAGGUGUGUGGGAAGGCCUUCAGUGUUAAUGGAAGUCUAAGUAGGCAUCAGAGAAUCCAUACGGGAGAAAAGCCCUAUCAGUGCAAGGAGUGUGGAAAUGGCUUCAGCUGUAGUUCUGCAUAUAUUACACAUCAGAGAGUCCACACUGGGGAGAAACCUUACGAGUGUAAUGACUGUGGGAAAGCUUUCAAUGUUAAUGCAAAAUUAAUUCAGCAUCAGAGAAUCCACACUGGAGAGAAGCCUUAUGAAUGUAAUGAAUGUGGAAAAGGCUUCAGGUGCAGCUCCCAGCUUAGGCAGCAUCAGAGCAUCCACACAGGAGAAAAGCCCUAUCAGUGUAAAGAGUGUGGAAAAGGCUUCAAUAAUAAUACAAAACUCAUUCAGCAUCAGAGAAUCCACACAGGUGAGAAACCCUAUGAAUGCACUGAAUGUGGAAAAGCCUUCAGUGUCAAAGGGAAGUUAAUCCAACACCAGAGAAUUCACACAGGCGAGAAACCCUAUGAGUGUAAUGAAUGUGGGAAGGCCUUCAGGUGUAACUCCCAAUUUCGGCAGCAUCUGAGAAUUCACACUGGGGAGAAGCCCUAUGAGUGUAAUGAGUGUGGAAAGGCCUUCAGCGUUAAUGGGAAACUAAUGCGGCAUCAGAGAAUUCACACUGGGGAGAAACCUUUUGAAUGUAAUGAAUGUGGGAGAUGCUUUACUUCUAAAAGAAACCUACUUGAUCAUCACCGAAUCCAUACUGGAGAAAAGCCCUAUCAAUGUAAGGAAUGUGGGAAAGCCUUCAGUAUCAAUGCCAAACUAACUAGGCAUCAGAGGAUACAUACUGGGGAGAAACCUUUCAAAUGUAUGGAAUGUGAGAAAGCGUUCAGCUGUAGUUCUAACUACAUUGUGCAUCAGAGAAUUCACACUGGAGAGAAACCCUUUCAGUGUAAGGAGUGUGGAAAAGCCUUCCAUGUUAAUGCCCAUUUAAUUCGGCACCAGAGAAGCCACACUGGGGAGAAACCCUUCAGAUGUGUGGAAUGUGGCAAAGGCUUCAGCUUUAGUUCUGACUACAUUAUACAUCAGACAGUCCACACUUGGAAGAAACCGUAUAUGUGUAGUGUGUGUGGGAAAGCAUUCAGGUUUAGCUUCCAGCUCAGUCAGCAUCAGAGUGUCCAUAGUGAAGGAAAAUCCUAAUAAUGAGAAAGAUGUAGAAAACUCUCAAGAUUAAUGCCAAAAUGGAUCAAGUAUCAUCAGAUUCGCCCACUGAAAAACCCCCAAGAGGGAAAGAGUAUGGCAGAGUCUUCAUAUGGAAACAGUUUUUAUUCUGUUCAAUUUUUAAUCAGGAAAGGAUGACCACUUAAAGAGAAACAUCCAAGAAUAAAUAGCUUUGUUUUAUACUAACAGGAAUUAGAAAAUAUAAUGAAGGAAAAGAUUUCAUUCCCAGCAGCAUUAAGAAAAGUAGAUUUUCUAGAAAUAAACAGUUAUGGAAGACUUGUAUGGAGAAAUUUAAGUCUUCACUGAGAGCCACUUUAGAAAGGAAAUUUGAAUAAAUGGAGAGAGAGAGAAGCCUUGUUGUUGGAUAGGAAAACCCAUACUAAAGAUACUCACUCUACCCGCAUUAAUUUAUUUGUUUAAUUUUUGACAACAAGCAUGUAUUACUUUUGAAAAGAUGAAAAAUAAAGAUUUAUUUAAAAAAGGAAAAA